UAUAACCGGCUCCUCUGUCGCUCCCAAUCCUCCCUCCCCAGCACACAGUGGCAGUCAGUUAAUACGUCCUCCUUUUUUUGCAUUGAACUGGAUUUGUAAUUUUUGUAUGGAACGCAUGUACUAUAUGCAUAUAUAAUUAUAGACUACAGUAUAUGUCAAUACUGUAAAGUAUAUAUUUUCAAGACUACAGUUCACAUAAAGACUUAAAUAUGAUGUCGUGACAAAUAAUACGUGUUUCUUUGAGUGUAAGUUUUAAUUUAAUUUGGUAAAAUAAACGAACUUGCUUUUUCAGUAUUUUUUUGGGGGGUAAAAACUGGAAGAUUUAAAUUCAGACACGGAUCUUUUCUUGAAGCCGGAGAGAAGACGAGGAAGGAGAAGAAGAGAGAGCAGCGCGCUGGGCCGAGAUGGGGGCUCGCGGAGAGAGGGCCCUCCUGGCUCUGCUGGUGAUGGUGUGCGUGGUCCCGUCGGCGCCUGUGCUGACAGCUGAGACCGUUAACAUCCUUGAAGUUCUUGGAAUGUCCUCCCUCCCGUCUGGAGUCACCAAGUCUGCGGGAGCUUGUGGUGGCUCCGCGGGCGACGCAACAGCGUUCCACGUGAGCAGGGAGGCCCAGCUGAGCGUGCCCACCUCACAACUAUACCCAGGUGGAAAGUUUCCGCGCGACUUCUCAAUUUUGACAACGCUGCGCACGCGUCCGAGCCUGCGGGCCUUCCUGCUGGCGAUGUAUAGCUCCAGCUCGGUUCAGCAGCUGGGCCUGGAAGUGGGGCCCUCUCCUGCCCUCCUCUAUGAGGAUCAAUCUGGGAGGCCUCCUCCUGAAGAUCAGCCCACUUUCCAGGAAGGACCCCUUAUCAAUGAUGGAAAGUGGCACAGGGUGGCAUUCUCCGUGGAGGGGAAACGCGUGUCUCUCUACGUGGACUGCAAACUCGUGGGAACCCAGAGAUUGGGCCGCGGCUCUUCCCCCCGACUGGACACGCGUGGUAUCAUGGUGUUCGGAACACGCAUACUCGACGAUGAUGUUUACGAGGGAGACAUCCAACAGUUGCUGAUUGUGUCAGACCCAAUGGCCGCAAAGGACCAAUGCACGCACUUCUCUCCGCUGUGCCCCUCGACGCAACCCAAUUCCAAGCCACACUCGCUGCAGGCGCAGGAGCCAGAGUACUCUGCAGAGGAAUUCGCUUAUGAAGACUAUGACUACAACCCCGAGACUGACACCCCUACAGACGCAGCAGGGCCAACAGCUCAAACCGACAGCGCCGACCAGAUAGAUCUAGACACCGAGAGCCAGUACGGCGAAGGGGGACUUGGUACAGAAGACGAGGUGGAUGCUUCAAACCAGGUGGAUGCAGCUUCGACAAGCAACACAAACACGGCAGGGAAGAUGGAUGGGGAGCCCGAGGCACCGUACUCAGUUGACGGAGAAGAUGAUGUUGAUGUUACCAGAGUCAUCGCCAAGCCAUCACACAACCAGUCACUUGAUAGCAAUGACAUCACACACUCAGACGACGCCAGGCCUGAGGAGGAGGACUCAUUUUCCGAAGAGUACACCGGCACCGAUUGGGAGAAGACGCUCGAAGACGAUCGAGAUGCCGACUAUGGCACGGGGAAGAACGGCAGGGCUGAUCACGGCGACGAUGAUCUCGAUGGCACCGAUUAUGGGAAGCACAAGACGUCGCCUUCAAACCAGGAAUAUGACUAUGACUAUGGCCUCGGCGAGGCCAUCCCCAGUGAAGGUCCGCAGGCCGCUAACAGCUGGGAGGCAGCGGCGCGUGUAUCGGGAGAUUUCGGAGAGAAGGGACAGAAGGGAGAGCCGGCAGUCGUGGAGCCCGGGAUGCUCAUUGAAGGACCACCAGGGUUUGAUGGCCCCCCAGGAUAUCCAGGCCCUCCUGGACCUGUUGGGCCUGCAGGACCUUCAGGAGACAAUGGUGAUCGGGGCCCCUCAGGGCGUCCGGGCCUCCCUGGUGCUGACGGCCUGCCUGGGCCGCCUGGAACCAUGCUCAUGUUGCCGUUCCGAUUUGGAGGAGACCAGGAGAAGGGACCUGUCUCAUCACCACAAGAGACUCAAGCCCAAGCCAUCUUGCAGCAGGCCAGACUCGCUAUGAGGGGCCCGCCGGGUCCUCUGGGAUUAACGGGACGGCCUGGUCCUGUGGGAUUACCUGGCAAUUCUGGGAUGAAAGGAGACGGAGGAGAUAUGGGGCCUCAGGGUCCAAGGGGCAUUCAGGGACCAAUGGGUCCUCCAGGAAAGUCAGGAAAGCGGGGCCGGCCAGGUGCUGAUGGAGGUAGAGGAUUGCCAGGAGAACUUGGCUCCAAGGGGGACCGAGGGUUUGACGGAUUGCCGGGUCUGUCGGGUGAGAAAGGAAACCGAGGUGAUCCAGGACCCCAGGGCCCUGCCGGAGCUGCCGGGGAGACCGGCGAGAGGGGGAAAGAUGGCGAGAUUGGUCCCCGAGGACUGGCAGGAGAUCCGGGUGAGCGUGGGUUGCUGGGCCCUCGGGGACCUCCUGGGCUACCAGGAGCACCGGGUGCCAGGGGUUUAGAUGGACCAUCUGGACCUAAGGGCAACAUGGGCCCACAAGGAGAGUCCGGUCCUUCAGGCCAGCAAGGCAAUCCUGGUUCCCAGGGUUUACCUGGGCCUCAAGGGCCCAUAGGUCCACCUGGUGAAAAGGGUCCAGCAGGAAAGGUUGGCAUUCAGGGCCUUUCUGGAUCUGACGGACCCCUGGGACAUCCUGGGAAAGAAGGCCCACCAGGGGAGAAAGGGGCACAGGGACCUGCAGGUGCUCAGGGUCCCGUGGGCUACCCAGGACCACGUGGCGUCAAGGGAACAGAAGGGGUUCGUGGUCUUAAGGGGAAUAAAGGUGAAAAGGGUGAAGAUGGCUUCCCAGGAUUCAAAGGUGAUAUGGGAGUGAAAGGUGACCGGGGCGAGGGCGGCCCUGCAGGAGUAAGGGGAGAGGAUGGACCAGAGGGGCCCAAGGGGCGCGCAGGCCCUCCUGGUGACCAGGGUCCAGCUGGCGUGGCAGGAGAAAAGGGCAAGCUGGGAGUCCCAGGACUACCUGGGUAUCCAGGGCGUCAAGGACCCAAGGGCUCCACGGGUUUCCCAGGUUUUCCCGGAACAAAUGGCGAGAAGGGUGCGCGAGGCUCACAUGGAAAACCUGGACCCAGGGGACAAAGGGGACCCACUGGUCCACGUGGGGAGAGGGGACAAAGAGGACCCACAGGCAAGCCAGGAGCCAAGGGAUCGUCCGGAAAUGAUGGCCCACCCGGGCCUCUCGGAGAGCGGGGUCCUGAUGGAGCUCAGGGUCCUCUGGGCCCCCCUGGACCUAAAGGCCCCCCUGGUCCAGCUGGAAAAGAUGGAUUGCCAGGACACCCAGGCCAGCGUGGAGAAACGGGAUUCCAAGGCAAGACAGGACCCCCGGGCCCCGCGGGAGUCAUCGGGCCCCAGGGCUCCACUGGUGAAACGGGUCCCAAUGGAGAGAGAGGCCACCCAGGGCCACCAGGGCCCCCGGGGGAGCAGGGCCUGCCAGGCUCGGCUGGAAAAGAGGGCGCGAAGGGAGACCCUGGGUUGGUAGGCAUUGCUGGAAAGGCUGGGCCACCUGGAAUUCGAGGAUUUGCUGGAGAUCGGGGUAUCCCUGGAGCUUCUGGCCCUGCAGGCCUGAAGGGAAAUGAAGGCCCUCAGGGAGCACCAGGACCUCUGGGCUCCCCGGGCGAGCGUGGCCCGGCAGGCGUGGCCGGGCAGAUUGGCCUUCCAGGACGACCUGGGCCUCAGGGUCCUUCUGGGCCUGCUGGGGAAAAGGGAGCACCAGGUGAGAAGGGCGUCAUGGGGCCUGCUGGGAGAGAUGGCAUCCAAGGCCCUGUCGGGUUACCAGGCCCAGCGGGACCUGCUGGACCCCCGGGAGAGGAUGGAGACAAGGGUGAGAUUGGGGGACCGGGACAAAAAGGGAGCAAAGGAGACAAGGGGGAAUCGGGCCCUCCUGGACCUGUAGGUCCUCAGGGAGUGGUGGGACAGCCUGGCCCAGCGGGAGCGGAUGGAGAGGCUGGUCCAAGAGGACAGCAGGGCAUGUUUGGCCAGAAGGGCGAUGAGGGACAUCGAGGCUUCAAUGGGCUCCCAGGACCAACGGGCUUGCAGGGUCUCCCAGGGCCGCCAGGUGAAAAGGGCGAAUCUGGAGAUGUCGGGCCAAUGGGUCCACCUGGUCCUCCAGGACCGAGGGGACCUCAAGGGCCCAGUGGCGCUGAUGGCCCCCCUGGGCCGCUUGGUGGCCUGGGAACUCACGGAGCCACAGGAGAGAAGGGAGAAGCAGGGGAAGCUGGUAAUCCUGGAACCCCGGGAGAGCCUGGCGGAUCGGGCGGCAAAGGCGAACGAGGAGAAAAGGGCGAAGCCGGAUCGCCGGGCGUCGCUGGGCCUCCUGGCCUGAAGGGGCCUCCGGGAGAUGACGGGCCCAAGGGCAACCUGGGCCCGGUCGGGUUCCCAGGAGAUCCGGGACCCCCUGGGGAGCCUGGCGUGGCUGGUAUUGACGGAGGACCCGGAGAGAAAGGAGACAACGGAGACCCAGGCGCCGCAGGUCCGCCAGGUCCAUCUGGAGAGGCUGGUCCCCCGGGGCCUCCUGGCAAGCGGGGGCUACCAGGAGCAGUUGGAUCCGAGGGAAAGCAAGGAGAGAAGGGUGCAAAGGGGGAGGGCGGUGCGGAAGGCCCUCCAGGCAAGACAGGACCUGUGGGGAAUCAAGGCCCACCAGGAAAGGCCGGGCCUGAAGGACUGCGGGGAAUACCAGGCCCAGCGGGAGAUCAAGGAUCCCCAGGUCCAUCUGGGCAGAAGGGACCUCCAGGUCCUAUGGGUCCACCGGGGCUGCCUGGACUAAAGGGGGAUCUUGGAAUUAAAGGAGAAAAGGGACACCCUGGGCUGAUCGGGUUGAUCGGACCUCCUGGAGAGCAGGGAGAGAAGGGAGACCGUGGGCUCCCCGGGACCCAAGGAACACCCGGCAACAAGGGCGACACGGGUAUCAAAGGCCCCGGUGGCCCGCAGGGCCCCCCUGGGCCUCCUGGCCUCGCUGGACCCCAAGGCCCAAAAGGAAAUAAAGGAUCAACGGGCCCCGCCGGGACAAGAGGAGACAUGGGCCCCACAGGAAUGCCCGGACCCCCGGGUCCUCCAGGUGAGGUGGUCCACCCACUCCCCAUGCAGUCUGCCAAGAAGACGCGGCGAGCUGCCCAGGAGCAAGACGAGGACCCCCAGAGCUACUUGGAUUACACCGACGGGAUGGAGGAGAUAUUCGGUUCUCUCAACUCUCUGAAGGUUGAAAUUGAACAGAUGAAGCAACCAUCCGGAACGCAGGAAAACCCCGCACGAACGUGCCGAGACCUGCUCAUGUGCCACCCUGACAUGCCCAACGGAGAGUACUACAUUGACCCUAACCAAGGCUGCUCACGCGAUUCAUUCAAGGUGUUCUGUAAUUUCACGGCUGGAGGGGAGACAUGUAUUCAACCAGAUGUCAAGUCGGCAAGGGUAAAGAUGUCGACCUGGGCAAAGGAGAAACCAGGAGGCUGGUACAGCAACUUCAAGGGAGGAAAAGAGUUUUCGUACGUCGACGCAGAAGGCUCUCCCCUCGGUGUGGUUCAGCUGAAGUUCCUCCGGUUGCUCAGCGCCCAGGCUCGCCAGUCACUCACGUAUUUAUGCCAGAGCUCUCUGAGCAGCAUUCGUCUGCGUGGAGCUGAUGAGUCCGAGAUUCUGAAAUCGGGCGCCGCGACAGAAGCCACGGCAGCUGGAGAUGCUCACGGUGCGACUGGACCACCAGCCGCAGCAGACGUCAUGUUCGACAGUUGUACGGGAAGGGGUGCCGGUCGUGCAGAGCUUCUCAUCACGACCCCCAGAGUGAACCAGCUCCCAGUGAUGGAUGUCUCCGUGACAGAUUUUGGGAAAAGUGAUCAGCGAUUUGGAUUUGAACUUGGCCCGGUUUGCUUUAAGGGCUAACUAAAAAAAAAAGGUGACAAUACUGACACUACACACAUUAAACAUUUUCUGUCACGUCACGCGCACACGCUAAGCAACGAUAUCUCCACGGUCGUCAUUUACGCACGACGUGCACGAACACGCUGCACGUAACAUUGGUUUUGCAUCACGUGUGUACAUAACUGGAAGGUACCUUGCGGCAACCCACCUCAACCCAAUCAGAUCAAGACUUAUUCCAAUGAGCCAUGAUUUGGAACGAGAAGCGUGUGUUUUAAAGUACCCACGCACCACACGGGCAUGCAUAUACGCAAGAACGCAUGAACAUUGACACUCGCAUUCGAGAAAACACCUGGGCACGGUAAACAUGCCCAUGUCUGUGCCGCACACCGACGUUCUAGCAACUAAACCACACGGAUCAUAUAUGUAUGUACAUUCACCUCCCCACCCAGGUGCAUACAUGCAAUCUUACAUUUAUAACCCGUACCGAUGAAUAUGUUUAGUUUAAAUGUGCACAAAUGUAUAUAAACGUAUGUGUGGUUUAUCAGACAAUAUAGAUGGACACUCAAAACAGACAUGUGCUUGCAUACACGACCCAGUGAAUCCCAGAGGGUAUAAGCUACGAACAGCCCGUCAUCUCAAUCGUACACCGUUGCUUCAGCAACUUCCCCGAUUGGCGCAUUGUGCACGUAGUGGCCAUGCGGAGCAGUGUCGGAUAUGUCACGGCACCAACGCUGCAGUCUCCUACGACACAGUGAACGUUCAUAAUCCACAACACCCACGCAGUAGGCAAUCGCGACACAUUGAGAGCCUCCUCUGAGAUUAUUUAUUUUCACUUGCUGCACGUGACUUGCAAUUGUGGUAGAUGGCAAGAAAGAUGCUGCCUUGGAACACUGCCACGCUCGGGAUGCAUGCCACACUACCCUUAACUUCUUGACAUUGUUUUCCGAACCGCAUUUGAUUUGCAAUAGCAUUCAGAUCCUAUAAUGAGUUAAAGGCUUCCAUCCAUCUCCACAAUUAAACAUUAGCUCUCCCACUGCAUAUUGCGCAAGGUUAAUAUUGAUGCACUCUAGCUUGCGCUGAAUCAAGUUUUUUAUCCUACAAUCAUAGCAAAUAUUAAUUAAAACUUUGUAAAACAUAGCACUAGCUUUGAAACAGCACCUUGAUUCAUAAAUAUGUUGGUGCCACGCACAGUGUUAACAAAGGGACAGAAACAUGCGAGUUCCCGUCAAUAUUUUGUGUUGAGCCUGGGUUAAAAUGAAUGUUUUCAAUGUUUAUGCCCCAACAUUUGUUAUGGAGUGGCUGUUUUGAUUAAGAAAGGAAACGCCUCACCAAUAAGUGAACCUUAUAAGUAACAAGUUCAAAAUUCGUUUAGCUGGUGGUCACAUCUGAAGUGUCCGUUAAAUGUUAUGGUUUGGCACGCAUAGCACGACAAUUGAAUGGUGUUUAAGCACAGCUCUUACAGUCUCUUAAUCUCUUUCGCUACAUUUUAUGAAGUUAUUUUACAACUCGACUCGUUCGUUAAAAUGUGACAUGGCUCUACGUGUAAUGCAUUGGUAACCAAUUAAUCUUUAACUGCUGAAUCACUUUUACAAAAGCCUUAUUAACUAAGAGACUGUCUUUUGGAGUAAAGGGCUCGUGAUGGCUAUUCACUCAGUUUUUUUAUUUUGGUAUAGCCCUGUGAGCCAUUCGGCUCUUGAAUCGGGUGCAACUACAACAAACAAACAAACAAAAACACGAACAAGAAAACAUCUUAAAGUGACUAUGUGACUGUGCAAACAGAAAAUCCAUUAAAAAAAACAGCAAAAUAUUCCUGAAAAAAACACCGUACACCAAUGCUGUGUGCAAAAAAUCCCAGUGGGAUGCAAGUCAAACAACAACAACAACCACAAGAAAACUUAGAUUAAGGCCAUCAGUCUAACUACAUACUACAACAAAACAAACAUGUCUAAACCAAAAAAAAACGUUUUCGAUUCUUGUACGGCCAUUUUUGUGCCAGCAUUGCACAUCACUCAAGACUCUCAUUAUGAGUGCAUGACGGGAUAACACUUGACUGGAAUACAUCACUCCAAUGUUGCUAGAAUCCGAUCUUUAGCCCCGUUGCUUUUGGAAACAAAAUUUCACGAACUAAUAUCAUUCACCUACAGGGUCAAUCUUAACACAAAGUUAUGGUCACUGAAACUGAGCAACAAAUUAAUUGAAUUGCGAGUGAUCCCAAUGUAACUUUAAGGCCUGUCAGUGAUCCUUCUAAGCAGGCAUGAGUUGAUAUGUUAACUGGUAUACUCCAAGUGGACAGGCAAACAAAUAAUGAUCACCUCCAUUUACACUGUCUUAUGAACCGAGACAUAUAUACACUUUGGGCAAUGACUCCACAUUCCGAGCAAGAAAAGACAAUUCAAGUUCAUGUUCAAGUUUGUUUUUGUUUAACCAGGUCAGAAGCCAAGAGUCCAGGAUAGAAGAGCCUUAUUUUCAAGAGUGACCUGAGUCACCAGUGACAAGAGCAAUACCAUUCAAGCAAAGUACAUCAGUUAAGCCAAUACUGUAAAGUCAGAGCAAAAAUAAUUGCAUAAAAUUAGAAGAAAGAAAAAAACAACUACAUGUAAAAAUCGGAGCAAAAACAACCGACGAUUGAAAUGGUUAAAUAGUUUACCUCCUAUUACCUGUACAGUGUCUCCAUCGAUCCAAUUAAGUCGCUCAUUAGGCAGCCACUCGGACUAAAGUGCACCCACAGUGGAAUGCAUCCAUGACUUGCCUGCACACUUAAUGAGACUCGCUGGCAUUCACUAUAACUCAUCGCAGUAUCAUUUAUCGAGCGUAUGUUAUAUAUAAUUUCAGUCGGAUUAUUCUGUUAACUUUCAGUUCCGUUUGUCUCCCGGCAUUUAAACGUUGGCUACUGUUUUUGCUUUAUAAUUGGAAGGGCAUUUGUGUUGCAGCUCCAUUCACAUCAUGGCAGUUUUUAUUGCAUCCUUGUUCACAGCAAGUUAUAAACUGAAAUACGGAAUGUGCAUUGUUUGUUUAUAAGGGGCAACGUCAAACGCCGCCGUCUCCCCGUGCUCAACUACGCAUUGAGCAGUGCUCAUUUCCUUUGGCGAUUCUGAGCCAAAACGAUGGGAAUUCUAUAGUUCUCUGGCGAGGAGCUGUCUCUGUAUCGGAAAAUCAGCGUGGGCUUACUAAGCGGUGGUGCCGACCUGGUGGUGCUCGUUUAAUCAACGCGCGGGGGAUGUGAUUUAGCACCCCGGCGGAGAUUUAAAAUCGCAGUCUUAAUAUUGGGAACAAUGAACGCUCACCCAACCGAGUGUGACUCUUAACACCUUUUCACGAGGCAAUGCUGUGAUGGUGAUACUGUUACUCGCCUGUACAUACGCUCACUGUGAGAUUGUACAUGCACACGUGUGUCGUAUGAUUAAACAUAUUAAUUUCUUCACUCGCUGUGGAAACGAAAUGGCUACAUCGUGAUGGGAUGGAUUUUCUGUGAAAAAGUAACUUUUUUCUCCAUGCGGGGCCAGCACAGGGAAGUAAUUAAGUUGUGUUAUCAUCAACAUAAAGUUAUAUCUUUUGAAAUGUGAUAUGCGUGGUUGCCAAGGCAAUACAAUUUAACAAAUAUAUUCUUUCCUCCAGAAAAGGUCCAAGACCCCUCUGACUACUGUGGAUAUCAUGUUAUCAUUCUUCACGGUUAUUAAGUGCGACAUCUCUCCACACAUGACAAUGAAAAACUACAGGCCUGAACAGAAAUCCCGUGACAACUGUGGUGGAUUGCAAGACUCUUGGAUUUUUAAAAAAGUGUUUUUUUAACGUUCAAAGUUUCAUGCACACACACAUACACACACGCACUGCACACACUCUCGUUAUAUAUAUUUAAGUGUAAUAUUCAAGGGCGAGUGAAUUAUGAGCGAUAGAUCAUUAGCAUGUCAAUCGGCUAUGACACUACUUUUGUCUUAAGUGAAAACAAAUUGAAAAGAAAAUUAUGCACAAGCUCUAAGAGACAUUGGCCCUUUGUCAAGAGAUAUUUACUUGAUGGCGUGGCGGAGAUAAUGGCUACAAGGACAUUAGUGACGGCUCUAACAUGGCAAUGCUAUGUGCAGCUCCGUGACAUGUCCGAGCACGCAUCACUAGUAUGUUACAGGCAUGUUUUUGCAAUUUAAAUUCUUUUUAAAAGAGCUGUGUAUACUUUGUAUAUUUUUACUUUGGCGCUUUGUAAUGUCUGACAAUGCAUCGCUAUUAUUACAGAUCAUUACUGGAUUUGUAGAACGUAGAAUAAGUCCCAUUGUUUCCUCCAUGAAUCGAUGAUUCUAUUUCCCAUUUUACCCAGGAGAUGAAAUGUCCCAUGUUUUGUCACUUCAAACUGAACGCCCGAAGUGUGUUUCUGCCCAUCCCGCCAAAGUGGCGCGGUGAACUGCCAGCUUGAGCGGGCUGCUCGGCUCGGCACCGUUCCGGCCACGUAGUCGAGUUGGUGCUCGUUUCAGUGUGGCGAUUGGCUGUGAACAACACUUUACAAAAGCCCCGGUUGAUGGGGAGGCAGGAGUCAAUAUGUUGCAUUAUGCUUAUAAACAGGUAAAUGUAGAAACACCCAUUCAACAACUAGUAUUGAUAUAUUAAUGGAUAUGCAAUGUGCUAAUGCAUGUUUGAUAUUGGUGCUCUGCUUUGAAUUGAAGAUCAUGGUUCACGAAAGAAUAAAUGUUUUUAAAACACACUCUAGCACACAAAACUUGAAUAUACAUAUUUGAAAUUAUGUAUACAUCUAUAGUCGUACAUUUUUAUGUUUACCUCAAAUUAACUGAAAUGAAAAUAAGUUUUAAGGUUGGCUGGCGUGACACAUUACAUAAGAACAAAUUGUCAUAAUGCAAGGCAAGGUUUUUUUUAUUACAUCUUAAUCUGAUCUGCACUUGUUCUCAGCGUAUUUCACAAUUUACGCUCAUGCACGAGGAACUUGGGUGCCAAGGAUCUGGAAGAAGUAAUAAUUGCUCCUCAGCCGACCGUGUUCAGGGGGACAGAAUGAAGUGUAGGUGCUAUAAAAGUAUACACUGCUCUUAAAAAAAAAA